GGAACCGCUGGCCAGAUAAGACAAGCUACUGGUCCAGGCAGCACCACAGCACUCAGCCUCUGCUAUCAGAUCGCGCUAUACGCAAAAGAAAGCGAAAAACCGCACAUAUCUGCAGGUUCCUGGAAGCAACCCAAAGGGUUAAUUACUCGCGGCAUCUGCUUCCAGACUCUCUGACUUCUUUCAGCUGCCGUUACGAAUUCCAGGUUUGAGGAUGAUGACGUGGUCAGUUGUAAGCCUACUGUUGGUGGUCGCCCUGAACGUCAGCGCCCGCUCCUUCUCUCCCGUCGACGUUCCUGACCCACCCAAGUCUGCCAGACCCGUCCUCCCACGCGCUGCAGCUGCUGCAGCUCCUCGAGCCACGAAACAGCUCCCUACUCCCCUUCCCAGGAUCGCCAAGAACCGUCCAGACACAUCUUUUGCUAAGAAGCCGACGAUCCUGGAUGAUCUGGACGGAUCCUGCAAACAAUCUUGCAAACUCGGCCUGGCACGACCUGGUUGUGUCUGUUCGAAGGAUUCCCCAAUCGAACUGUGCAAGUUGGCGUGUGACCUCAAUGGCAAAGGACCGGACUGUGAGUGCACAGUCAUCUCGCGUGCAAGGCCUGAGGGUACGGUCGAGGUUCGCGUCAUAAUAUCUGAGAGAGUUGUCAUCUCAGUCAUCAGGCCUGACAGCAAUGGCAUCAAGGACGAAGUAACGACCAUUAACCCUCACACGGACCUGCCGAUCAAGUCCACGACUUUGAGCCCCAUUGACGAAUUCUGCAAGGAAGCCUGCGAGGAGGGCGUCGGGGGUCCAGAGUGCAACUGUGCCGACCACCCUAUUGGCUGAACGUCGUCAGUCAGGGACUAACCGCCCAGUUGCUCGAAACGAGACUUCACGGGUGGUGAUCUACCAAGCUUUGCAUGUAGCACCGUGGUAAGUAGCACUGGUUGUUACUACAGCUUGGAAAACUAUGUACAAACCAGGGAGGUGGGAUAUCCUUUGGGAUUCAAAACUCCAACAUGGACCAUGGAGCAACUGAUCUGGAUUACCAAAAACAAAAUAGAAAAUCUCUCAAAUCAAAUCAUAAUAUAUUUCCCUUCUUCUUCUUCUAAUCAAAUUUGAUUCUUUGUGAAAAGUAAAAUUUGAACAACUGAUUUUUGGUUUGUAUCCAAAGUAUGUUUCCAAAAAAUGAGAUUGUAUAAAGUUUUUAGAUUGAUUAUAUUUUAUAGUUUUAUAUUCCUUUAUAUUUUUAUGUUGUGUUUAAAGCAGUGCUAACUGCUUAGGAUCUGUGGAUGAUAAUGGUUAUAGUGUGCAAAUAAAGACUGUAUUGUUAU